UUUGACAGUGGUGUGAAGCCAAAAUUUAACAUAAAUCAAGUAGCAAUUACACAGGCGGUCAAUUACAACUUGAGCAGGAAAGAACAGUUGGAAAGAGAAGCCAGGAGGCCGCUCACGCACAGUCGCUACAGCCCUCUCAAUGUCACCGUUAAUGGCAUCCCCUGCAUCCUCUUCUGGGCCAAGAGGAUCAUGAUUAAAUUUAAAAACCACACUCAGCUGGAUUUGACAGAGAAGAUAUUUGGUGUCCAUGCAACCGUGGAUUUUGGAGAUUCUAACUGCAGUGAAGACAGUGCAGUGCUUUCUCUGAAGUUUGGUGACAUUGACAAUCUAAAGGGACUUGUUAUUAGAUUCUUAUUAACAACCAGUUAUAACCAACUGUCUGUUCAAAACUGGUUCAGUUUACACAGAAUGCAACUUCUUUACAACCACUCUGUACAAGCCACAUUCAAUGCAACCAGAAUAUAUGCACCGUCAAGUUACUCCUACCACUGUGACCAUGUGAGCAGCUUGCAGAGAUACAAUGAACUCCUGCUAGCCAGCUCCGCAAACAAUGUUUCGAAGCUCUGGGAAGUCACUUUUAUUGAUUUCCAG